AUGAAAGAUCCUGAAACAAUAAGGACACAUCGUAAUAAUUUAGCUAGAGAAUGCUAUGCAAGACAGACGACACAAAACACAGAAUUUGUAGCUGGGGAUACAGAAAGUUCACAUGAUCACAGAAAUUGGCUUGCAAGAAAAUCCCGAGUGCUCCCAACUGAAACUACAGAACAUACUGAAAAACGAAAAGCCAAACGUAGAAAAGUAAAUCAACAUGCUUCUAAUAAAGCUCGCAGGAAACAAUAUGACAAUGAAUGGGUUUCUGGAACAAUUCAAAUGCCAAUUUUUAGCACAUGUUGUGCAAAAGGUAAAGUCUAUUUGCCCCUAUUAGCUUUAACUCCUCCAAGUCUACUUGCUUUAUUAACUGAAAUCCUUGCAUUUACAUCAAUGGGUGCUAAAAUCGAUAAGCGAGUAGUAGCAACUAGUGAUAUAUACACUUUUCAUAUUCAUGGAGAAAUAUACCAUCAGAUAGGUACACUUUUACCUGAAAAUCAAACCAACCCAUCAUUUUGUCAAAUCUAUAUGUAUGAUACAGAUGAACAGCAAAGAUAUAGACAAUGCCUUAUGCCUGAUUUAGACACCACACAGAUGAUACAGAAGAAUUCAGUACAAGAUUUAAAAAUGAAAAUUAUUAAGUUACGUGAUGAAUGCCAGUACACCACACCUACUGCAUCAGAAGUUGCUGUGCUUAUG